UUUUCUGUUCAGGUUAAGUUGAUUAAACACGAAAGCAUCACUGCACCGGCGCUAAAGUUUGUUAUUGUUGUAUUGUAUUGAUUAUUGGUCGUAACUGCCUUUAAAUGAUGUAUUAACAUAAAUUUUUUAUAUAAUAGCAAAUGAAAUAAUUAUUGAAACGGAAGUGAAGGGAACAAAAAAAAAUAUAUUCAUGUGGAAAAAUAUCUAUUGUUUCAUUAAUAACUGCAUUUACACUGCAGUUAUUUUUCGAAAUCGAUAGGUGAUAGGACAGAUAAAACAAAGCUGAUUUGUAACAACAUUUAUACAAAAAUGUUAUUUUACCUAGUGGAACAAUAUACUUUCUGUUAAAAAAUAUUUUAUAUUAUACAAAUAGAAAUAUGGAUUCUGCCACUGAAUCAGAACAUAUAGAAAAAUUAAUAAAAGAAGCCGAAAGUUUAAAAAUAAAGUUAGAAGAUGAACGACAGAAAUUGAAUGAUAUUACUCUUGCUAGUGUAGCAGAUAGACUUGAAACAAUUACUUGUAUCAAUGUGAAACCACGUCGUGUGUUAAAAGGUCAUCAAGCAAAAGUUCUUUGUUCAGACUGGUCACCGGAUAAACGUCACAUCGUAUCUUCCUCACAGGAUGGUAAAAUGAUAAUAUGGGAUGCUUUUACAACAAAUAAAGAACAUGCUCUUACUAUGCCAACUAUCUGGGUUAUGGCCUGUGCUUAUGCUCCAAGUGGUACUCUUGUUGCUUGCGGAGGAUUAGAUAAUAAAGUAACUGUAUAUCCUUUGAGCCAAGAAGAUGAUGUAUCAACCCGUAAAAAGACUGUUGCUACACAUACAUCUUAUAUGUCCUGUUGUGUAUUUCCUAAUAGUGAUCAACAAAUUCUAACGGGUAGUGGAGAUAGUACUUGUGCUUUAUGGGAUGUAGAAAGUGGACAACUGUUACAAAGUUUUCUUGGUCACUCGAGUGAUGUCAUGUCUAUUGAUUUAGCACCAAGUGAAACUGGUAACACAUUUGUUUCUGGUAGCUGUGAUAAAAUGGUUUUAAUAUGGGAUAUGCGGACUGGUCAAUGUGUUCAAAGUUUUGAAGGACAUCAAUCUGAUGUUAAUUCUGUAAAAUUUCAUCCAGGUGGUGAUGCAGUGGCAACGGGUUCUGACGAUGCAACUUGUCGUCUUUUUGAUUUACGUGCAGAUAGAGAAAUAGCAGUUUAUGCAAAAGAAAGUAUAAUAUUUGGAGCAAACGCAGUCGAUCUAAGCGUUAGUGGACGUUUACUAUUUGCUGGUUAUAAUGAUUACACUGUAAAUAUAUGGGAUACUCUAAAAUGUCAACGAGUUGCGUUUUUGUAUGGACAUGAAAAUCGAGUAUCUUGUUUACGAGUUUCUCCAGAUGGAACUGCCCUUUCUACUGGAAGCUGGGAUUCAACUCUACGAGUUUGGGCUUAAUUUUAAUAAAAUCACAUCUACUUAAAAAAGUACUAACUUGCCAUAUUGUUAAAUAAGAGUUUCUGUGCAGUAUAUAUAUUUUAAAAAUUGAGUUUCUAAAUAAGAGUUUCUGUGCAGUAUAUAUAUUUUAAAAAUUGUAUAAUGACGUUAUAUUUUGUUUUUAACUAAAAUAUUUUAAACUGAUAAGAUACAUUAAUAUUGUAACAUAAAAAUAUUAUUAUAAUUAUUAUACAAACAUCGUAGAAAAUAAGUGGAAUUAGAAAUCGUGAUUGUCACGAUUAUAACAAUGUGAUAGCUUAAUCAUUUUUAGGCUGGACCUAAUUUAUAGGAAAUUCUGCAAAUAGAAUAUUUAAUCAGAUACAGUAUUAUCUUGUAUAAAACUUAAUAAAACUUUAGUUCGUGCA